AAUCCGGCUCACAAAUUGGGUCUUGCUCCAACGCGGAACCUAGAGUUCAGGCAGGGCAGGCGACCGCAUCAACCCAACAAUCCUAUUUCGCCGUGCCAUAAAUAUCCGCGACCAUGUCAAAGCAUUGGGAACAAAACAAAGAUGCCACCGUCUACGUCGGCAACAUAGACGAGCGCUUCACCCAGGAGCUGCUCUCGGAGCUUAUGACGCAGGUUGGACCGGUGCGUCAGGUGCAUAUGCCCCAAGAUAGGGUUUCGCAAACACACCAGGGCUACGGCUUUGUUGAAUUCGACACGCCCGCUUCGGCCGAGUACGCUGCCAAGGUUCUCAACGGCAUCCGCAUAUGGGGCAAGCCGAUCCGCGUCAACAAGGCGAGCGCCGACAAGCAGAAGACGGUCGACAUUGGCGCAGAACUGUUUAUCAACAAUCUUGAUCCUCAGGUCGACGAGAAGAUCCUCUACGACACCUUCAGCCAGUUCGGCCAGAUUCUGCGCCAGCCCAACAUCGUGCGUGACGAGAACAACAUCUCCAAGGGCUAUGGUUUCGUCAGUUUCGACUCGUUUGAGGCCAGUGAUGCUGCGCUUGCGACCAUGAACGGCCAGUACCUGCUCAGCAAAGCUAUCACUGUCGAGUACGCAUAUAAGAAAGACGGCAAGGGUGAGCGCCAUGGCGACGAGGCGGAGCGCAAGCUGGCCGCCGAAGGCAAGAAACACAACAUUGUUCCCGAACAGCAGCCGUUACCCCCGGCUUUCCACAUGACCGCCCCCGUCGGAGCAGCAGCAGCAGCGGUACCUACCGGCCCAGCCGCUGCUGUUCCCUCCCCUAUUGACGGGGCAGGAGCUAUUCCUCCUGCCGUUAUCCCCCCGGUCGCACCCGUCGCACCCAUCGCUGCGGCUGUGCCUCCAGCAGCUCCGUACGGUGCCAUUCCCGCAGGACCAAGCGGCAUGGGGCGCGCAGGCCCACCACCGCCAGCCUUCGGCGGUCGCCCACCAAUGGGCGUUGGGCUCCCUCCAGCACCGUCCGGUCUCCCCGCGCGCCCUCCACCCAGCCACGCCGGCUUUGGCGGGCCAGUGGGUGGUUUCCAUCAUCCGCCCGCGGGGUUCCCCGGCGGUCCUCAGCCCAGCCCAGGGCAGCCACCGAUGUAUCCCGGCAUGCCGCCAGCGCCGGGUGGUUUCGCUGGCGCCCCGCCUCCAGGCGCACCGGUACCCCCACCCGGCUUUAUGCCGCCGCCUAGUGGUGUUCCACAGGGCUUUGGAGCGCCGCCACCACCUGGAUUCGCUAGGCGUUAGAAUAACUGGGAGAAAAGAAGCGGCGACGAUGUCAUACCUGAAGAUGAA